AUGCCCAACGCUGCAGAACGGCAUGUGGAGCCACACCAUCCGGACCUCAGUAUACCCUUCAAUGAGUGGUUGUGUCUUGACUUCAGACCCGGCUACGACCUGAAAUGCCCCGAGUGUGGUAGGACAUGGAGUGAAGGAAGAGCCUGUCGGAAAAGUGCCACUGCGCACCGGCUGGAUACACAUGGCAAGCCCACAGGACCCUGGCAAUCCUGCCAAAAAUCAGCUACUGUGGUGUCCUUAAUUUCCGAUGAGGAGGAGGGAUGA